AUGAAGGAAGAAAUGAAUCCUCACUUCUUGAAGAGUGAUCCCAUCAUUGAAGAAGAAAACAUCAUCUCAACAAAACUAGAUGUUGAUGCAAUGGGUUGCAAUUGCACAUCUUUAGUGACUAGACUGAGUGAUUUGGAUAUGAACCACCAUGUCAACAAUGCUAGUUAUAUCAACUUCAUCCUUGAGGGAACUCCUCGAUGGAUGUUGGAAAGUCAUAGGCUUUCAACUGUGACAGUCAAAUACCUUAAAGAAUGUGGAGUUGACAAAAUUUUGCAAUCUUUGUCUAUGCCUAUUCAAAACGAUGUCAUUUCCAAUGGCAACUCUCUCGUUAAAGAAAAUUACAUCAAACUCCACCACUCCAUCGUGUCGGAGGGAAUUGAGCUUGUUCGUGCAACAACCCUUUGGAUACCAUAUUCCAUUUAA